AGAGAGGGAGAGGGAGGAGUGUGGAGCAGCAGAGGGAGCAGCAGGUCCGUGAGCUCAGCAGCCAGAGGGGGAAUCAGAGCUGAAGGGAUCAGUGUGGCUGCUGCCUGUGAACGAGGGAGGAACCAAGACAGCGAAAGAGAGAAUUGACUGACAGAGAGAAAAGGCGAGAGAGAGGAAGACGAAAUAAGGCUUCCCUCCACUGCUGAUCAAUGAAAGAAGCCAUGCCUGUCCUUUCAGCAGGAGCAGGGCUGCAUGAGACGCUGGCCCUGCUGACCUCACAGCUCCGUCCAGAUGCCAAUCAUAAAGAGGACAUGGUGUUUCUCAAGGACGUCUUCAGCGAGAGGAGCCUAGGCUACCUCAUGAAGAUCCAUGAGAAGCUGCGGCAGUACGAACGCCAGAGCCCAACCCCUGUGCUCCACAGCGCCUCCUCCCUGGCAGAGGAUGUAGCAGAGGAGUUGCAGAGUGGGCCAAUGAGUGUUGAAGAGAAGGAGCUGUUACAGUUGUUGACAUCACCCCAUUUACGGGCCAUGCUGUCUGUGCAUGACACGGUGGCCCAAAAGAACUUUGACCCCAUCCUUCCGCCCCUGCCAGACGACUUGGAUGAUGAGCUGGAGGAGGAGUCCGUAAAGAUCGUCCGACUGGUCAAAAACAAGGAACCAUUGGGGGCAACGAUUCGGCGGGAUGAAGCCACGGGCGCUGUCAUGGUGGCGCGUGUAAUGAAAGGAGGAGCUGCAGACAGGAGUGGUCUGGUCCAUGUGGGAGAUGAGCUGAGGGAAGUAAACGGCGUCUCCAUUAUACACAAGCGACCAGACGAAAUCAGCCAGCUACUGUCACAGUCUCAGGGCUCCAUCACGCUGAAAAUCAUCCCAGGCGUCAAGGAGGAGGACAGGUUUAGAGAGAGCAAGGUGUACAUGAGGGCGCUGUUUGACUACAAUCCCGUGGAAGACAAGGCCACGCCCUGCCAGGAGGCGGGCCUUCCCUUCCAGCGGGGCGACGUACUGCAGGUGGUGAGCCAGGACGACUCCACCUGGUGGCAGGCCAAGAAAGUGGGCGACAGCAGCCUGCGUGCUGGCCUGGUGCCCUCCAAACAGUUCCAGGAGAGACGGUUGGCCUACAGAGUGAAAAUUGGCACCCUUCAGAAUCCCAAAUCUCCUAAAAAGCCUGUCUUGGAAUGCACAGAUGACCAGGGAUGUGACAAAGAGGACUGUGACUGUGAGGGCUAUUUCAAUGGACAGUACAUAGUCUCUCCGAAGUGUAAAGCGGUGGCGCCCUCCUGUGGCCAGGUGUUUUCCUGGGAGUUUUACUCAGCUGGCCUGCGGCGCAGUUUCCGUCUGAGUCGGAAGGACCGGCAAGGCUCGUCAGGAGAUGCCAACACCUCAGACAGCGAUCCAGAUUUCGUCACGUAUGAAGAGGUGACCCGGUAUCAACACCGACCUAAUGAAAGACCUCGUCUAGUGGUGCUUAUAGGUUCUCUGGGUGCUCGUAUCAAUGAGCUGAAACAGCGGGUAAUAGCGGAGAACCCUCAUCGCUACGCUGUGGCUGUUCCACACACCACCAGACCUAAGAAGACUCACGAGAAAGAGGGGGUGGAGUACCACUUUGUCACCAAACCGGCGUUUGACGCUGACGCUCAGAACAACAAGUUCAUAGAGUACGGCGAGUACAAGGAGAACCAGUAUGGCACCAGCAUAGAGGCCAUUCGCUCGGUUCAGGCCAAGAAUAAGAUGUGUCUGGUGGACGUCCAGCCUGAGGCCUUAAAGACACUUCGUACGUCUGAGUUCAAGCCCUUCGUGAUUUUUGUCAAGCCGAGAAUUCCAGAAGGAAGAAAGCGUCGCACUGCAACUACCUCACCAGGAGGGGGCGAACAUGGACGAGUCACGGAGGAUGAGAUGCAGGAGAUGCGUCAGUCCGCCCAGCAGAUCGACCAGCAGUAUGGGCAUAUGGCCGAUCGCAUCCUGAUCAAGGAGGAUUCUGCAAGUGCCUGUGCAGAACUCAGGGGUAUCCUGGAGAGGCUAGAACGGGAGUCCUUCUGGGUGCCUGUGAGCUGGGUGAGGACCUAAGAUGUCUACCAACCCACCCCAGAACAGGCGCUUUUCGAGUGGGGAGGAGCAUGUCCCUCUCUGCCCCCACCACGGGGCAUACCUCCAUACUGACCUUUCGGCUUGUCUCUGAUCCCACCCAACCCCUUCUCCCUCUGGCUUUACAUGUCCUUGUGAUGGUCCGUGGAGGGGUUUGAGAGCUCCCCUGGGACCGGGGAUGGGGGAGACUACAGACGGAGGCUUGCUUGGGGUGCAGACUGAGUCUGAACCUCGGUGAAGGAACGGAAACCAACUCAGAGUCGAUGCUGUGGGAAUAAAGAGGAAGACUGGAGACCCUCCUGAAAUACCCUGCUCAUAAUUU